AUGUCACGCUCGCUUCAAAGUUAUCUUAGUCAAAUGGACCGUGACGAGGCCGACGAGGGUUACGAGGUUGCGGGCUCUGGAAGGAGUGAGAUGCGACGAAGGCACGCCGAGAUGCUCAAGACGCUGCCGCCGGCAGAGUUUGAGCUUCUCAAGCACUACCUCGAGCACACCAGCAAGCAUCCGACUGUUGGGGAGCACGACAAGUACACCCUACAGAUCGGCAUCCCGAAUCUAGCCUGCCAAUGCAAGCCCCUCAUGAGAUCUGUGCUCGCGCUUGCGGCAACCUGCAAGUGCUGUGACAUCAUCAGUCAAACAUCGACACCCCCUGAAGCCUCAGAUCGCAGCCAAGUGAUCGAGCUCCUGUCACUAGCACAGCGCUACCACUCAGAAUCCCUGCACGAGAUUCAGGCAACGCUCCAAGAGGCUAAGAACUACGACCACGUCUUUGCCAACGCAGCCAUGAUGGGCAUGUACGGGUCGGCCAGCCACGCCGCCCGCAUCUGGCUAGCGAAAACGGCCCCCUUCGGCGAAGACCCACAGCUGUUCGAUCUGACCAUGCCCGGGAACCCGCAGUGGAUGAGCCUUUUCCGUGCCGUCCGCGUGGCAUAUGCAGGCCUGCUGAGAAACUCGCCCGAGCCCAGCCCAGCCAGCACCCCCCCUGCCCUUACCAUACAGUACGAAUACAAAGCACCCCCGCCACAGUUGGUUCCGCCCUGGGCCGGCUCGACGAAAAAGCAGCCGAGAUUUACGCUCUCACCCAACCCACCACCACCACCACCGCCCUCCAAGCCUGCUUCAGCGCCCUCAACAUCCUCAGCACCAUCAUCACGACCUCCCUACUCCCAGCACCCCCCUCUUCCCCCGCCACCCCCAACACCCCCUCCCCCACGCCAGGCCACCACCACCCCCACCAAUACCCCCCACCACUACCACUACCAGCACGCCUUCCCCCUCGACCUCCAGCACGUUGACGACGCCGCCGCCGAACGGCUCGCCGAGAUCUCGCCCUGGCUGCGCAAGUACACGGCCAGCAUCACGUCAACGAUCCCGUCGCACCUGCCGCGGCGCACCAUCAUGUCCCUUGUGCACAAGGUGCCGACGGCGUAUCUGGGGUUGAUUGAGGAGGUGAUUGGGUUGAUGCAGAUGCGGGGGGUGGGGAUGGGGAAGGGGGUUGGGAUGGGGGUGGGGGAGGUUGCGGUGCCGAGCGUGGCGCACCAGUUGGCGGUGGAGAUCUUUGCGCAUUGGUUGGUGUUGGUGAUGUUGUUGGAUAAUGUGUGGUGGAUUGGGGGAAUUGGGGCGUGGGAGUUGGAGAGGUUUGUGGGGGUGAGGAGGCGUGAAGGGUGGGAGGGGUGUAGAAGGGGUGUAGGGUAG